AUGACCAGCAAGAGGAUCGCAUUCAAGGUCCACGGCACCGUGCAAGGUGUCGGCUUCCGAGAUUUUACUCAAAAAUGUGCAACUAGUCAUGGCCUAACAGGCUGGGUUCGAAACACCACAUGUGGGAGAGUUGAGGGAGAAGUUCAGGGCGAUGAACAGACCGUGCAGAAGUUGCUGCAACAAAUUGAUAAAGGCCCGCGUCAUGCCCAUGUUGUGAAGCUGGAGAAGCGAGAUUUGGAGCUUCAAGACGGGGAGGAUCAAUUUUUGGUGAUGAGGACUGCAGAGUCGAUGUUUCAUUCUGGGGCUUAA